GACAUUGUAGGUAAAUGGUAAGUAAAGAGAUGAGUAAUGAUAAAAUUAUUGGCUUAACUGGCUAAUUCUGACUAUGUUGCAUCUCAUAUGACUUCCAAGCUAAGGAGAAAACAUUGGCAAAAAAAUCAUGCCGGAAACAAAAGAUCAUAAAUUUUUGUUGCCGAGUAUUUUAUGUAUUUAAAUUGAAACGUUUCAGACUCUUAAGAGCUUUUAAAAAUUUAAUAAAAGAAUUUAAAAUUUAGAAAACAUAACUUGAUCAUCACACCCAAUUUGUGACCCAAAAUUGAGUUCUGAAAUUUACUCCAAACUCUCCAUUUGUACAAGGAAGCUCACCCACUCUUGUACAAUGGAGAUGAAGGAAGUGGGAGACGCUCUGCGUUUCAUGUGGUCAACAGAGUUUUUGAGAAUGUCGGUGUAUUGGACAGUAUCUCUCAUAAUCUCAUAUUUACGGUUGUUUUACCAAAGGAUGAUAUUUGGGCAUAGUUGUAAUUCCUAUCCCCGUUGCUCUCCUCCAAGAAAUGGGCAUGCUGCACCCGUUUGCAUUGUUACUGGUGCUACAUCUGGUCUUGGUGCUGCUGCAGCUUAUGCUCUUUCCAGGGAAGGUUUUUUCGUUGUUCUCGCUGGACGAUCAUCCAGAUUGUUAUGUGAGACUGCGGAGAGGAUAAAAAAACAGAAUAGGGAUGCCCAAGUGAAAGCCUUGGAGGUUGACCUAUCAUCUUUCCAGUCAAUCUUGAAGUUCAAAGACUCACUAGAGAAGUGGCUCUUGGAUUCAGAUAUGCAUUCUUCCAUCCAGCUAUUGGUAAACAAUGCUGGGAUACUGGCAACAUCACAUCGUCUCACAAGCGAAGGCUAUGAUUGGAUGAUGAGCACAAAUUAUAUGGGUCCAUUCUCUCUUACCCAACUCCUGUUACCACUUCUCCAAAACAGUCCUGUUGGUUCACGAAUAGUGAAUGUUUCAUCUUUUACCCAUCGUAGCGUGUUUGAUAUGCAGGUUAACAUAGACUCUGUUUCUGGAAAGGGCUUUUGGACAUCUGGACAGUAUCCUUUUGCUAGUAUCUAUGAGUAUUCCAAAUUAUGCGUACUGCUGCUCUCUUACCAGCUCCAUCGGCAACUUUACUUGAUGGAUGAAUCUUGUCGCAUUUCGGUCAAUGCUGCAGAUCCUGGAGUGGUGGAAACCAAUAUCAUGCGAGAGCUCCCCUCUUCUCUAUCCGGUUUAGCAUUUACAGUGUUGAAAUUCCUGGGUCUUUUGCAAUCACCUGAGGAUGGGGUUAACUCAAUUCUCGAUGCUGCCCUUGCGCCUCCAGAAAGAUCUGGACUAUAUUUUUUUGGUGGAAAAGGCAGGACUCUGAACUCAUCCGCACUUUCACGUGAUAUCAGCCUUGCGGGAAAACUUUGGACCACUUCAUUUGAUAUGUUUCAAGAGUUAAAACUCGUUUCCAAAGGAAAAAAGAUCGAUAUUUUUCAUGAUCCAGAGUAAGGCAACUUAUCUGCAUAUCUAAUGAGGUCAUUGCCAAAUGCAUGUAACAAUUUGUACCACGGGGGCCAAAUUUAUGCAGCAGUUUUAGUGGUUUGUCAUUGUUCAUUGAAAUAUUAUAUUUUGUUUCAUAUUGCUUCAGCUUUACCUUCUCGACUGUAAAAUUAAUAUAUUUUCAAAUUUUGUAAUUACCAACAAGGUAAAAGUAGAAGCUCAAACACUGAUACUGAAGUAUUGACUUGGAAUAUAAGUUAUUUAUUUAUGUGAA